CCGGGACCGGCAGUGUACCGGGGAAGCCCAGAACGGGUGGGAGGAGCCCAGCCCGGGGGUCCCCAGCGCUGACAGUGGCCCGCAGGUGACCCCCGGUGCUGGUCCCGUGCGCAGCCCCGCGCUGCAUGGACUGGUACAUGAUGAACUGCGAGCUCCUGGCCACCUGCAGCGCCCUGGGCUACCUGGAGGGCGACGUGUACCACCGGGAGCCCGACUGCCUGGAGAGCGUCAAGGACCUGAUCCGGUACCUGCGCCAUGAGGACGAGACCCGGGACGUGCGACAGCAGCUGGGGGCAGCCCAAAUCCUGCAGAACGACCUCCUGCCCAUCCUGGUGCAGUACCCCCAGGAGAAGGUGCUCUUCGACGCCGUCAUCAGGUUGAUGGUGAACCUGACCCAGCCGGCCCUGCUCUGCUUUGGGAAGGUGCCAGCUGAUGCCACCUCCCGCCACCACUUUCUCCAGGUGCUGUCCUACCUGCAGGCCUACAAGGAGGCUUUUGCCAGUGAGAAGGUGUUCAUGGUGCUCAGUGAGAAGCUCUACAACCUCCUGCAGCUGGACUGGGAGCAGCGGCAGGAGGAGGACACGCUGCUGAUCGAGAGGAUCCUGCUGCUGGUGCGCAACGUGCUGCACGUGCCCCCGGACCCCACGGAGGAGCAGCAGGGCGUGGAUGGUGACGCCAGCGUGCACGACCGGGUGCUGUGGGCGCUGCACAUCAGCGGCAUGGACGACCUGCUCAAAUUCCUGGCCAGCGCCCAGGUGGAGCAGCAGUGGGCUCUGCACGUGCUGGAGAUCAUCUCCCUCAUGUUCCGUGACCAGAGCCCAGAGGAGCUGGCGGCGCUGGGACAGGGGACAGCAGGGGCCGAGCACGGGGAGGACACGCGGGAGCUGGAGAUCUUGCGGCAGAGAGAGCUGGCAGAGAAGAGAGCCCGGGCGCUGCAGCGCACGUCCAGGCAUUCCCGCUUUGGUGGCUCCUACGUCCUGCAGGGCAUCAAGUCCAUCGGGGACCGGGAUGUGGUGUUCCACAAAGGGCUGCACAAUCUGAAGAGUUACUCCCACGACCUGGGCAAGGAGCCCCGGCGGCUGCCCCGGCGCCGGCAGGCCGCCCCCGAGGCCGAGCCCUCCCGCCGCUCCGCCCGCAACGUGCGGCUCUUCCUGCGCCGCUUCUGCCAGGACUUCCUGGAGGACUGCUACAACCGCCUGAUGCUGCUGGUCAAGGACCAGCUGGUGCGGGAGAAGGCUCAGCAGCAUGACGAGACUUAUUACCUGUGGGCCACCGCCUUCUUCAUGGCCUUCAACCGGCUCCACGGCUUCCGGCCCGAGCUGGUGUCCGAGACCGUGGGGGUCCGAGCCUUCCACUUCAUCGAGCAGAACCUCACCACCUAUUAUGAGAUGGCACUGAUGGACAAGAAGGAGGCAACAACCUGGGCCCGCAGGAUGCACUUGGCCCUGAAGGCGUACCAGGAGCUGCUGCGGACGGUGCAGGAGAUGGAUCGCUCCCCGGAGCCGGCGGUGCGCGACAGCAGCCAGGUCAUCAAGAGCAACAUCUUCUACCUGAUGGAAUACCGGGAGCUCUUCCUCACGCUCUUCCGCAAGUUCGACGAGAGCAAGCAGCCGCGCAGCUUCCUGCGGGACCUGGUGGAGACGGCCCACCUCUUCCUCCGCAUGCUGGAGCGCUUCUGCCGCGGCCGUGCCAACCUCGUGGUGCAGAGCAAACGUGUGCGGAGGAAGAAGAAGAAGCCUCAUGUGCCGGCGGUGCCCGCCCCGCCCAGCGCCGCGGAGCUGGAGCAGCUGUGGGAAGGAUUGGCCCCGCAGGUCCAGGCCUGCCUGGAGGGCGAGGUGCCCCUCCCCGAGGACGUGGUGCCCUUUGACGCCGCCUCGGAGACGCCGGUGGAGGAGCAGCGCGCGGAGGCUCUGCUGCGGAUCCAGGAGUGCCUGCGGGAUUCCCGCGUGCCCCAGGCCCUGCAACUGCUGCGCUCAGCCAGGGAGGUCUGGCCUGAAGGGGAUGUGUUUGGAUCCACGGAUGUGGGGCCGCCCGAGGAGACCCGGCUGCUGCGGGAGAUCCUCGUUGCUUCCCUGCCCGGGCACGCACCCACCGAGCCCGAGGAGCCAGAGGAAGAGGAAGAGGAGGAGGAGGAAGAAGAGGAGGAACAGACCUUGCAGGUGUCGGAGAAGGAAUUCAACUUCCUCGACUACCUGAAGCGGUUUGCCUGUGCCCCCGUGGUGCGGGCACUGGUGCUGCUGCUGCGGGGCUACGCGAGGAACAGCGCCCGCACCAACCACUGCGCCGCGCGCCUGCUGCACCGCCUGGCCCGCGACCUGCACAUGGAGCCCCUGCUCUUCCAGCUCUCCCUCUUCGCCCUCUUCCACCGCCUGCUCAGCGACCCCGCGGCUGCUGCACACCAGGAGCUGGUGACCUUGGCCAAGUUCAUUCUGGGCAAGUUCUUUGCGCUGGCAGCCACCAACAAAAAGGCCUUUGUGGAGCUGCUCUUCUGGAAGAGCCCUGCCAUCGUCUGUGAGAUGACCAAGGGCUACAGCUCCCUGCAGGAGGGAGAGGGGACCACCCGGAGCCGGGUGCCCCCCUGGACCCCCCAGGAGGAGCAGGAGCUGCGGGAGCUGUACUGGAAGUACAAGGAGGUGGAAGGCGGGGACAUCAUCGCUGCCAUCCUGGCCCAUCUCCCCGCGCCCGGGCGGACGCGGAGGCAGGUGGUGAAGCAGCUGGUGCGGAUGGGGCUGGCCAGCAGUGCCAAGGACUUCCCGCGGGAGAGGAAGGGCACCCGCAUCGUGCUGUGGACGCAGGAGCAGGAGGAGGAGCUGACGCGGCUCUUCGAGGAGUUCCAGAGCUCGGAUGACGUCCUGGGGAACAUCAUGAAGCACCUGACGGCGCGGCGCUCGCGGGCUCGGGUGGUGGAGAAGCUGCUGGGGAUGGGGCUGGUGGCUGAACGCAAGGAGCUGUACAAGAAACGCCGGAGGAAGAGCCACGGCCCCGGCCCUGGGCAGGCUGCCACAGGUGUCCCUGCCAUGCCAACCCAAGACAGCUCAGGGGAGGAUGAGGACAGCGAGGAGGAGGAAGAGGAGGAUGAGGAUGAAGCAGAGGAAGGCCUCAUGGAGGAGCACUGGGUGCCCCAGGAAGGGGCUGGGCAGGACCUAGCACAGCGCCUGCAUGGGGAAGGGCUGGCCGGGCCCCUGCGCUGGCUGGAGAACUGCCUGCGGAGGGCAGCAGGGGACCGCGAGGAGGACGGCGUGUCCCACCCGGUGCCGCUGGUGCCGCUGACGGAGGAGAACGAGGACGCCAUGGAGGACCGGCGCUUCCAGAGCCUGCUGCGGCAGCUGGGACUGCGGCCCCCCGCCAGCGAGCAGGAAUCCUUCUGGCGCAUCCCGGCCGCCCUCACCCCGCAGCAGCUCCGGCGCGCGGCCGCCUCCAUCGCCCACCGUGGCCCCUCGGGGUCCCCCCAGGACCUGCCAGAGCCACCCAGGUGUCCCCAGGACCCAGGUGAGGGGUGGGGCUGGGGGUGUGGGACCCCCAGGUGUGGGGCUGGCUCUGAGCCCCCCUCCUUGUGCCCCUCUGCAGAGCCGCUGCCGGCAGGGCUGGGAUCAGACUCGGAGAGCGAGGAGCCUGUCCCUGUCCCCGUCCCUGUCCCCAGCCCAGCGCAGCCGCGCACCAAGAGGCGCCGGGAGCUCGCCAGCGAGGAUGAGGAUGAGGAUGGUGGGAGCUCAGGCACCGAGCCAGCCCCCCCAGCUCCCCACUCCGAGGAGGAUGAGGAGGAGGAGGAAGAUCCACAGCCCCGGGGGAGGCGGAAGCGCAUCCGCUGCCUGGAAGAGGAAGAGGAGGAGGACUGAGAGGCUCCCCAUAGCCUGCCUGUGCCCAGGCCUUGUGCUGUUUCCUGGGCUUUUUGCAGAUUUUAUUCGAUUUCUGCAGUUUUUCUGGGGUUUCUACAGCUUUUCUGGGGUUUCUGCAGAUUUUCCUCUGCAGGUUUUGAUGCUGUUUUUAAAGGCUGCACAAGCAAGCAGUUUUUCCACCAUCCUCCCCUUUCCCCUGGUGUCACCAUCUCCCUAUUUCACCCCAAAUUCCCUCUUUUUCCUCAGCUGUUGGCGUUUGGAAUUUUUUUUUUCUUAAAACUCUUUAAAUCCAGACAGGGCCUAAAUAAAUAAAAGCGACUUUUGCCCUU